CCUUUUCGUUAAUCAAUAACGCUCAGUUUAGUUUCUAAGCAACCUAUGUAUGAGUUUAAAUAAGAGAACACUCAUCAAAACAUUCUCUUUGUGAACUGUCUUGUACAACAUAAUUGUGAAACAUGGAUUAUUCAAUAACAGAAAGGAAAUGGGUAAAAUUUGGAGAAAUUCGUGAUUUCGUGUUCGUUGGAAAAGAUGUUCUUGCAACAGCUUCAGGUUUACACGUUCGUUUUUUCAACAUGAACACGAGAGAUAAUAAAAUUGAAACUUUCAACGAUCAAACUAGAGGCUUUGGUGUCUCAACUUUAUCAGGACAUCCGACUAUGCCGGUAUUCUCCGUGGCAGAUAAACAUUCUAAUCCUACCAUUAGAGUAUUCACUUAUCCAAGAAUUCAAAAAAUAUCAUCUUGUAUAAACAUGGAAGAAUCGAACGGGUAUUUAUCAUGUACCUUUGCUGGUACAGAUUAUCUUUUAGGAUUGACAAGUUUUCCAAAUUUUCAACUUGUCCUUUGGCUAUGGCAAACUGGAGAUAAAAUAUUUGUAAUCAAAACCGAACUGAAAGAUCUUAUUCAAACGAUCGCAUGUUCACCAUUUUCGCCUCACGCAAUAGUGCAAUUUGCAUUAAUCUCUGGUAAACUAUCUGUUUAUCGAAUGUGCGUGAGUUCGAAGAUAGUUACCUUAUAUCCGAUAAAAAUCAAAUCUCAGGAAAAUAAAUUAACCUCUGUUUGCUGGACAAUUGAUGGUAAUCUAUUGUUUUGCGAUGAAUUUUGCAAAGUCUGGUCGAUGAGUGCUGAUGGUUGCAAUCAGAACAUUCUCAUAGAAGGAAAUUCAAAAUUAAAAGCACACAAGGAUCGUUUACCUUUCAUCGUUACUUUUAAAGAUGGUUUACUUCUCGUGAAUACUCGACUAAAUGAAAUAGCAUUUUAUAGGAAAUUAUUCAUUGAAGAUUCGAUAGAAUCAUGGCAAAAAUUAUGGUCUUUAAACAAUAAGGAACACUCACUUCCUAUUCGUGCAAAAUCACAUAAUCAAAGGGAAAGUGUAUUGGUUUAUGAUGAGAAUGGACGAAUCACGGAGAUUAAUGUUCUAAACGAUCAUGUUCCGCGUUUAGAAAUACUUUAUACAGAUGACGUUAAAUACAAAGAACUUUUAGCGAUAUCAUCACGAUCAACUUAUUUCGCUGCUAUCGAUGAAUUUCAAUAUUUAAACAUUAUUGAUCCCUCUACAGGAAAUAUUGAGACUAAGCUCGCAUUGAAAUUACACGGUCAAGUCGUUUGUGCAAAGGCUCAUCCCAAAUUGCCAAUCAUUUUCACAAGCAGUAUUACUGGCAAUUGUUUGUUUAUUGAUGUCUUCACGAAUACACCGAAAAUUUUAACAUGUUUCCAUCUGCAUACAAUAUCAUUAGAUAAAAUGAAAUUUUCUAGCGAAGGAAAAUUGUUAGGAGUCGCAAAUUCUCAUGAUGGACGUAUUUUUAUCAUUGGCAAAAAUUUAAACAAGGGUGACUCGAGCUUCGUCGGAAUAUUCAUGAACAAAAAUCAAAUAAAUGACUAUAUAGCCGAUUUUCUUAUUUACGAUCAAACAAAUGAUACCAUUCAAAUAUUAAUCCUUUUAAUCACAAAUAAGAGUGUUAUGACAGGAAAUAAAUUGAUUUUGUAUUAUGGUUCAAACCGAAACAUUGAUAUUAUAGGUAUACCAUACUUGUCUAAACAAUUACAUAGAAUGGAAAUAAAGAAUAAUUUUAACAAUGUCACACUCACAGAAGCAUUACCAACGAUGCAUGAAUUAAAAGAUAUUCAAGUAGACAUCAAUUGUGAUAGUCUUAUAACUUUUGGAUACGAUGGUCUUAUCGUGAUAAGAAAUAAUACAAAUCUUCGAAUGAUCUAUGCUAUUUUUAUGGCUCAUCAUCGAAAUGAAAAUGGUAUCAGAUCAGUGAAAAUAAUUAACGAGACUGUUAUAUCGCUCGGAAAAAACGGCGAUCUGAUAGCCAACAAAUUAUGUCGCCGUUACGUGCAAUGGAAAACAGUCUCCAUCAAAGCUGAUUCACGAUUUUUCAAUUCGUUUAAUUUUAUUUUCGAAUCAAUCAAAUUGUAUGACAAAGGAUUAAACACGUAUUUAGAAAAUAUUCAAAAAUUACAAUGGGAAAAUGAAAUGAACGAAGAAACGUUUACUCGACGUACAAUUUUCUUGGAAUUGAAUAAACUAAAAAGCAAAAUUAAGAAAUUGCUUGAUUUAAACGAGAAAGAAACAAUUCUUAGACGUUUGCCAAUUUCGUCAUACGAUUUGGAUGAGGAGUAUAGAAAGUAUCGAAUUAAAAUGGCUGAUUUAAAACGAAACGAAUUGAAACAACGUUACAAUGAAGAAAUCGAAGCACGGAAUAAAGUUUGUCAAUAUUUGAGAACAAUAUUUUGGGAUUCUGAACGCGUCCAUGCUUGCUGUCUUAAAUCAAUAUUUGGUGAAAUCAUUGUUCAAAAUUAUCCUUGGGGUAUAGUCAACGUCGAAAUAGAUGAUUUUCGAAUGUUUGAAGGAUACUCGAUAGAAAUACUUGAUAUCGUUUCCAGGUUAAACGAAUACAAAACUUCCGAAAAUAUUCUUUCAAAUAAAGAAGAUAAAAAUACUAUUAAACAAGAAACAACAACAACAACAACAACAAAUAACAUGAAACAGGAAACAAAUGCAAUAGAUCGAUUUUACGAAUCAGUAACAGAUGACGAAAGAUUACUUUUAUCAGGAACAAGUACUCAUAAUUGGAUUAUUAACAAUACACUUAACUUUAUUCAUCAGUUAAAACGAUCGCAAGAUUUAUUACUCAAUGAAUUCAAUAAAAGUAGUUUAUUUAGAAAUCGGGAAUAUUUGUUGAUGAAUCAUUUCAACGAAUGUUUUAAUAAAAUGAGAUUAUUGAAGAAACGAAAAAUGGAAGCAGGGAGAGUAUACGAAGAAAGAUUAAAACAUUGUAUCUCUGAGAUAGACAUCAUGUUCGAAAAUAAGUACACGAUUGAAUCUGUGACAUUACCAGUCUGGCAUUAUUCCGAAAUACCGGAUUAUGUCAUUACAAUUGAGGACAAAGAGAUUUUGACCAUACCCUAUGUUCAUCCAAAAAAAGAAUCAUCUUCCAACGAUGAAUAUAAAAAUAUGAAUGGCUGUAAUUCACAAUUGUAUUCGAAUGAUUAUGAUCUGUACGAGGAAGCUCUUGAAAAGAUGAUGGAUGGUGUCUUAGAACUUAAAUGGGAAGAUGAGAUAAAAAAAGAUAUUCCGAAGCCUGUUUGUCUGAUAAAAAACAAAUCACCCUCCAAAUAUACUCCAAAAGAUAUAAAAGCUAUAGAAUCGUAUAAAAGUAAAAUGGAACGUUUGCAAUUAGAUCGACAAAAAUACAAAUCAAUUUUGGAAGCUGAAAUGAUUGAAAUAAAUGAUAAAAUAACAAAAUGCUUUAUGUCAUUUGAUGAGAAGUUGAAAAAUUUCCAAACGAAAAAAAUUGCUGUAGAUUCCUCGAUUCUUCAAGAAAAACUUUUAAGACUUCGUGAGACGCAAAGAAUUCAUCAUAUAUGCGACGAACUUAUUCAAAUCACUCAUUUCAAAGAAAAUACAAUUGCAAAAGAUGCAGGAAAGGUGCAAGAACUUGCGCAAGAUUGUUUAUCUUUUGAAACAAUUGUUAAGGAGUUGAAAAAUCGAUAUGAAAAUUUGAUAAAGCGUGAGAAAGCCCUCGAAGGAAAGUUUCGCGGUGAAUUUGGUGACCUUAAGCAACUAAUAAUCGAACACUUGUUUAAACAUUACAAAAAAAGACCGAAGAUUGCUUAUUUUACUUUCACAUCUGUAAUGUACCUAACGGAAUUAGAAAAGUGUGUGAUUGGGAAUGACAAAUCUGAAAUAUUACCGAUUGAAUAUUCGAAUUUUCUUCGAAAUCUUCAGUCUCUUGAUUUGAUACCAAAAAAUGUCUCUACGUUGAUAGACGAUGCUCAUUGGAGAACGAUGUGUAGAUUAAGAAGAUUGAAAAUUGAAAUUGAAAUAAAGGUCAGAUGUUGCAUCGUGGAAUUAGUCGAAGCCGAACAAACUUUGAUCUUUUAUCAAAGAAAAAAACAAACUGCGCAGAGCGAGUUUAAUCGAUUAAAAGCAGAAUUGGAUAAAAGAGAAAAAGAAUUUGAUCGAUUUGUCGAGGAUAAGGAGAUACAGCUUGUAAUGAAGAUGGGACAAGUUGAAGUACCACUUGGAGGUCGAGGUUUCGAAGAUUUUGCAGAUGUCGUGUUGAUAUCAAAACAAGCAUUUCUUUCAACGAAUGAAGGAAUCGAAAAAGCAGACAAACAAAAAUUAACGGCUAUGAAGGAGUCCGUCGAUUUACGAAAGAAAAUAUCUCAUCAAAAAUGGCGACACGAGUGUUUACGGCACACAUUGAAGUAUCUACAUGAGGAAUUAACAAAUCUUCGUAAAAUCAAAAUAACGAAAGACUUACAAAAAUACUUGGGGAAACUCCCGAUUGUGAAAAAUCCAAGAAAUGAAUACGAAGAUAUAGAACAGUAUUCACGUGCCACAUCAGACCGAUAUGAAAAAUUACUGGAGAUUGAAAAAAAUCGUCUUGACAAAAUUACUAAUAAUAUAGAAUAUUGGCGAAUGAGAAACAUCGAAUUGACGAAAAAAAUCGAAAAUAUGAAAUUAAAAAAUCGAAAAUUAUUUUCACAAACGUUAGAGCCCUUGAGAAAGAAGAAUAAUAAAUUUUGUAGAAAUAAACAUGUCGUCAUUAGAAAAAGAACUGAACUCGAUAGAAAGAUAAAAGAAAAUUAUGACGAGCUAUUGAUGUUACAUUCUCGAUUAGAAUCAUUAAGACUUCGAAUUUAUCCGACUCUACGAUUCAAUAAAUUACACUUUGUAUAAAAAUUGGACAUAUUUCUUAUCACUUUGGUAUAUUAACAAUAAUUAAUAUAAUCGUAAAAAAAAUAAAAUAUGUUUUUCCCAAAGAUUAUACUGACCUGUGUAAAUAUUGUAUAAUCGGAAUUACCACUUUUAUCUCGUUGAGGUCAAUCGAAGAGUUAUCGCUAUUUUUUUACUGAAUACAAAUUUAACUAAAAACACAAAAAUUACUAACUUAUCGAUACAAAUGUUAAUGUUUUUCUAGUAUUUUUCCCCAGAAAUAGAAAAUAACUGUUUUAUCUUUGAAUAAGUAAUAAUAACAAAAACAG